GAUAGAAGAACGAAAGAAGCACAAAGUUGCCUUCAUUGGUUCCUUGUGGAAGCAAAAUGGCGACGAGCGUUAAUGCACAAUAUGGAUGGUGGUGGCAAAAAAAGAAAAGAGAAGGGUGGCGCGAAGAAGGUUAGGAAGAAAAAAAUUAAAGAAACUGGAGAGCGAAGCAUCAAAAUGUCAUAAGUUGACAAAUAUUUUCGCAAGCAGCAGUCUGGCUGCAACGGCCACGUCGGGUAACAGCAGCCCACUCCCGGCGUGAGAGGGGGAGCGGCAGCCGCUCUGACGCGCAGCCGGUUCAGGGAGAGAGAAAAAAAGAGGGAGGGGGUAAUGAUAAGCUGGUGGAAGUUCGAGAGGGAAGUUCCCCAGACAAGCGCAGAGCAAGUAAAAAUGGAUGAAGAGGGUCACUUGUUCGGUAUACUGGCAAUUGUUAUCCACCAGAGAUCGUGAGUUCUGAUGAGGAAGGAGGAUGGAGAGGAUGAAACAUGAGUGUGGAACAUCAGGAGAGGGAGGACUGGAGAGGGAAGAUGAUCAGGAGAAGCCCAACUAGGACAAGGAAGUGGAUGAGUUUUUUUUGUUCUUCUUUUUUUAAACUCAUGAGCUUCUUCUCAUGACAAAACCAGUGGAAGGAUGAUGAGAGGAUUAUUUUUGGGAUUCCAUCUUAUAGAUUCAAGAUACGUUCAUGUGGUUGGCUGGUGAGAGUGAGGAGUUAGAAAAUAUACAAAUAAAUCCGUGAUACCCUUGUGAAGAAGUGAAGCUCUUUUGAGGAAAAGAAGAAUGUUGCUGAAUGGAGCAAUGAAGGAGAACAGCUCCAACACAAGACAUGAACUGACACGUUCUGGUUCAACAUGUACAAAGAGGAGACUAUUUCUAUAAUUUUUAAAGAGCAUAGUACGACAUUGCAACUGUUUCAUUUAAGAGAACUGUCAAAGUCUUUGGCUCAAAAGGAACAUGAAGUUCGGAAGUAGUUUUUGCACCCUGAAUGUUGGCGGUCGCAGGUUUCCCUUCUCAGUGGAACUGAUGAAGCACCUCCCACUGAGCAGACUCAGCCGCCUGUAUCGCUGUGUGUCAGAGAGCGAGUUGUUAGAGCUGUGUGAUGACUACGAUCGUGACAGAAAUGAGUUUUUCUUCGACCGGCACUCUGAGGCCUUUAGCUUUAUCAUGCUGUACCUUCAGCAUGGCAAGUUGCGAUUUGUCCCACACAUGUGUGAACUGUCCUUCUAUAAUGAAAUGCUCUACUGGGGCCUUGAAAGUGCAGACUUGCAACUGUGCUGCCAGAGGCGGCUGGAUGAACGCCUGUCUGACUGUUUUGUUCAUUUUUUUCCCGAAGAGGAGCCACAAGACUCAGAAGAACCGGAUGACCAUUGGCUGGAGAGGAUGCGAAGGACAUUUGAGGAGCCCACAUCCUCUGUGGCUGCACAAAUCUUGGCAUCCGUGUCUGUGCUGUUUGUCCUUAUUUCUAUGGUGAUGCUGUGUGCAAGCACCUUACCAGAAUGGAAGGCUGCUGAGACAACAGAUGAACACAGGAUCAUUGAGGCAGUUUGCAUUGGUUGGUUCACCGCUGAGUGCAUUGUCCGUUUCAUCAUAUCUCGAGACAAAUGCGAAUUUGUGCGCCGUCCUCUGAACAUCAUCGACUUGCUGGCCAUCACUCCUUAUUACGUCUCAGUUACUGCGACGUUCCUGACGGGAGAGAACUCUCAGCUUCAGCGGGCAGGCGUGACGCUGCGGGUACUGCGUAUCAUGAGAAUCUUCUGGGUGAUCAAGCUGGCGCGUCACUUCCUCGGCCUACAAACCCUUGGCCUGACUCUGAGACGAUGUUAUCGCGAGAUGGUGAUGCUUCUGGUGUUUAUUUUUGUUGCAAUGGCCAUCUUCAGUGCCCUGGCCCAGCUUUUAGAAGGAGGAAACCAGGAUUAUACCAGCAUCCCUGCUGCCAGCUGGUGGGUCAUCAUCUCUAUGACUACAGUGGGGUACGGAGACAUGUACCCGGUAACUGUUGCAGGCCGUGUACUGGGUGGGUUCUGUGUGGUAAGCGGAAUUGUGCUUCUAGCCCUGCCAAUUACCUUCAUUUACCACAGUUUUGUGCAGUGUUACCAUGAGCUCAAAGUGCGUUCAGCACGCUGUAUUCGUAGUCCGUCGACUGAUUUCAUUGACUGAAGUACACAAUAUUGGAACACUACAUCAGGAAAUAAUCUCCAAAGAACUAAGAGCAAAUGGGGGAUCGUAGGUAACACAGAGUAUUUACCUAUACUUACAUAUCUGUGAGGAUUUUUAGUCCCUCAAAAGGUCCAGUCAAAUUACAAUAAAUGACUGUUAACAAAAAUGCAUAAUUAUUUUUUAAAAUGUGACCUGCGGCAAUUUAUGAAGUUAUUUUUACAUGACGUUUUUAAAAGCUACAAAUACUAAUUUUGCAUAAGUUUUGAAAGUUGUGGUUUUGAAAAAAAAAAGAAAAAAAGCCCAUUAUCUCAAUGUAUAUAUUGAAAAAAAGUCAGCUGUGAAAAAUUCUAUUUAUCAGAACCAGUUGUAUUCAAGGAGAGUAUUAUUUUACUACUUUGCGAAUCACUUACAUUAUUGAAAUUCUGAACUAAGAUUUAGAUUAUUGAACAUUAGUCAAAAUAUGAUGUU